AUUCCAGGUGCUCAAAAGGAGCAAAUCAGCAGUGGAUGGGAAUUAUUCAGCAUUCUACGCCAACAAAACCUAAUCGGCUGCGAACCGGAAAAGAUCCGUCACUUGCUCGAGAUUGUCCAAGAAUUGUGGCCGAAAAGGAAAGAUCUAGUCCACAAAAUCAAGCAGUAUAUUCAAACACAUUAUGAGAGUGCAAAGGCAAUUUUGAAAGAUUUCGAAUCAAGUUCCGAUAGCCAUCGACCACUGCAAUUUCCGCCAUAUGGAACUCUGAGCAGACCGACCACUCCAGUGGAACAAGAAGACUGCUGUCGCUUGCAUUGUUGCGGCUGCAAUUGCAAUUACAAUCCAUCCUGUGAUCCAUGUCUCUGCUGUGGGAUUCUAGCGGUAUUAUUCUCCAUUCUGACCCUUUUCUGUAUACUGGCUUGGUACGUUGAAGUUCCUGAGGUUACGAAAUAUUUGAACGAAAACGAGGAUUUAAGAAACAGCGGUCCCUAUGUUAUUGCUUGUUUUGGACUGUUAGCUGUUUGUAGCUUUGGAAGUAUACUGUACAUCAAGCGAAUUUGCAGUUCAAGGAAUGGAAAUACCUACUCAGUGCUCCCACAUAACUGCUACCAGGAGACAACGAGUGCUCGAGCCACUUAUGCUUCAUCGGAGUGUGAAUCCGCAACUUCGGCACGACGGAUUGAUUUUACUAGACGAUGUUCCUGCAGUUCCGGCCAUUUGACACAGUAUACAGUGUCCAGUUCUCUAGCUUCCAGAACCUCAGCCCGCCUUCCACAGAUUGCAAACCAAGCUGAUACAGCUGCAGAUGGUCAACCGCAGCCAGACCAUAUGUUUUUCAGUCAAGAUGUAGCUCUUGAAGAAGGCGAGUCGGAAGAGAUGUAA